AUGUCAAAAGCGUCGAAGAGAAAGGCCGCGCGAGCGAAGAAGUCGGCGCCGCUGUACUCACCACUAGAUCGCACUGCUCGUGAAAUACGUCUCAUCAACAUCAUGCCCCUCAGAGAAGGCCAGCCGGACGAUACGCUGAUUCGCUGCUCCAUGUACACACACAGACUUCGGCGGCGCGAUCAACACACAUACGCAGCAUUGUCGUACGUUUGGGGUGACCCAGAUGAUACGGUCGAAGCUCAAAUCAACGGCCACACUCGAUGCAUCACGCGCAACCUUUCCGAGUUUUUGAAGAUACUUCGAACUUCCUACGGAACCUGCAAGGCCAAUGGCGAAUAUGCGUUACCUUCGAUCUGGGCUGAUGCUUUGUGCAUAGAUCAAAGCAACAUUAAGGAGAGGAACCAUCAAGUGGGCUUGAUGCAGAUAAUCUACAGGCUCGCCUCGCAGCUCGUUGCAUGGCUUGGGCAGCCGUUAGAGGAUUCAUCCACGUUCCUCAACCAGACACAAGCAUGGAGGCCCGGGUAUUUUUGUUAUACCGAAUGGUGGGGUGGCUGUCGUCGGGAUUGUCGUCGGGACGGCGAUACUCCGUAUGAGCGGACUGUCGACAACCUUACAUCUCCUGAAGUCGUCGAGGGCCUCAGACGACUCUUGGAUUCAGCUUGGUGGUCAAGACUCUGGGUCAUACAAGAGGUCGCCUUGUGUCUGGACGUGAUCGCGUUUUGGGGCCAAACCCAGUUCUUCUUCUCGCACCUACAACGCUGGCUUCAACAUGUGGUCGUUAGCCUUCUGAGGAAGAAAGACUAUAUCAAGGGUGUCGGCACGUCUGAUCUCAUCAAGACGAAGCUGCCUUUUGGAUAUCUGGCUGAGAAACGAAGGGCCCUAGAGAUUGUACGGUUCAACCUGCGAAAAGAGCUACCGGAGCUCAGCACCCAUGAGAUGCUGGACUGCCUCAGCGCAGUCUCUGAACGCCAGACACUCGAGCCUCGGGAUCGUGUCUUUGGUAUCCUGAGCCUUUUUCCUUGCAAUAUCAACGUCAAGCCUGACUAUGCGAGCAGCCUGUCGCGGGUCUUCAAAGCUGGCGCAUUGGGCUUGAUGGAGUUCAUGAAAUCGCCCGCAGUGAUAAUGGUGGCGGGUCUCCAGACCAGGACAGAGAGCGACUUGGCCUCGUGGGUGUCAGACUUUCGUCUCAUGCAAGAAUUUCCUAAGCUCAGCGGGCAUGCUGAUGGACAACGAAAUUUGCCACCGGACUCGGUCUAUUUUCACGGUGUGGAACAGCGGUUAUUUGUGCAAGCACUGGUGAUAGACAAAAUCACCUGGACCAGUCCUUGUAUGCCGAAGAUUCCCAAUCACGACAUCUCAGGCGCCCCUCGAUACGCUCAGAUUAGGGCGACAUUGCGCAAAUGCCUGUCUAUACUUACGUCUGGUGGAUGUCAAGCGGGCGAGUUCGAGAGAACAUCAGCCAUCUGUGCCGCCGUCAUGACCGGCAGGCGCCAGAAUUGGGAGUCUCUCACCUUGGGCGAAUCGCAAGCUGACCAGUACAAUGUCGAUGCCGAAACGAAAAGUUCUCUCGUGGAAUGGCUUCAAAGGACAGAGCCACAGCCCUCUGACCAACAGGCUGAUGACCAGAUAAUGCUUCAACAACUCACGGAGGUUCUUUCUCAGCAAAGUGUAUUCAUCACCAAACAAGGCAGAAUAGGCAAGGUUCCGCUCGUGAGGCCACGAACGGGAGACUUGGUCGCAAUCGUGGCGAAAGUACCGCUGCCCUUAAUCCUGAGACCAAGACCAGAGCAUGGCACAAACGUCUACGAGCUGGUCAGGACAUGUGUUUAUUGUCAUACGUACAUGAGAAUAACAAAGUGCGAUGGUAAAGCAACUAACAUCUAUGCUACAGGCGUCAUGUACGGCGCAGCCGUCCGAGAAGCAGCUAUGAGGAAGAACGGCGACGACACCAACGUCGAAGGGGUCUAUCAAGAGAUCGUACUCGUCUGA